UCCAUUUGUAAUCAGGAAGUGGCACGUCCAUUAUGGCAACCGGGGCAGAUCAAGCUGUUGGCUUGGGACUUGUCGGCUUUACGCUGUUGCUGUUUACAUAUUACACCAUUUGGGUCAUAGUUUUGCCAUUUGUAGACAGUGACCAUGUGAUCCACAGCUACUUUUUUCCACGUGAAUAUUCAGUCAUACUUCCUGGAGUUGCAGCAUUAAUUCUCAUUCUUUUUGUUGGCACCUUCAUAGGGGUUGUAACAUGGAAGAAUCGAAAGCCUAAAAAAGUUGAUUAAGACUCUCCAGGUUGUAGUGAUUCAUCUGAUCACAAGAACAAAUGGUGAUGAAUUUACUCAUGUAACACAUCCUGUACACAGCCACGUGGAUAUGUAUUCCAAUGCUUGCUGCCCUACACCCUGGUCUCCAGUUAAUUCAUCAAUUCAUCUGAUUUCAUUAAGAAACCAGGGCAGUACCAAACAUGUAGUUACUUGUUAGUCUAUGAGCAUUGCCCAUCCAGGGUUUAUAACCUUGUCUUAAGACUGUGCUAGACAUGAGGUGUUUAUCUUUGGAUAAUUCUUUCCAUAGUCAGUGAAGUAUAGUUUGUAUCUGGAUGAAUGUGAAAUGGGACAAGGGACAUCUUUUGUUAUUCUUUAAGUUUUGGAACCAGUGAAGCCAAUAUUUUGCAUUUUUGAAAAUGCUGUUUCCUUUAUUUGUAAAUAGACUUCAUUUUAAAGGAUGAAUGCUUGAAUACAGUUGCAUAAUAAUUCUGGACAAUAUUCGAAAGUGAGUGAGCACUGUUUUGUAAUAUCACACACUAUUCAACUUUAAAUUAUACAGGAAAUAAGCAAACCCUUAUAUAAUGUUACGUGUUUUCU